GAAUUCAUGAAUUAUGCAACACUAAAGACAAUACUCACAACCAAGAGUCCAAGGGGUAGAAUAGCCUGUUGAGUAGCAAAUGUGAUUACCUACAAGUUUACUGUAGUACAUUGUAGAGGUACUUAUAAUAAAGACGCAGAUGCAUUGGGUUGUGCAUGUUUUACCAGUCUCAACCAGAGCAGCGCUCAAAUAAACAGCCGGACUAUAAGCAGGAAUAUGAUACGAGAGCAGCAAAUGUGCUAUCCGGAGAUCAAACAUCUCCAAACUUUCAAGGAAAACUAAUUCUUCUGGAAAAGGGGCGUGUCCGAUGGGUGAUAACAGCCGCUCUGCCUCGAUUCGAUUCGAAUAAGAUUGCUCACGUAUUGACUCUCAAAGUAGUUCUACUAUACGUGGUACUGAAAAGAUUCCUCACAGACAACGGAACUGACUUUGUCUCAGAGGCAAUGAGAAUACUAUUAUUCGUAACUUUUGCUAUCAAUACGGCCGAACAAACAUUAACAGGAAAAUUACCUUUUGAGAUAAUGUUUGCUAGACGAGCCAACUUACCAGCCACCGGCGACUUCAACCUGUCAUAG